UUUGAUCCCUCUCCAUCCCAUGGGCGACAGAGCCCUGUGCGAGCCGAAUCCCAUUGGAGAUGACUCGAUCUUCGGGACAUCCUACAUCUCCCAACCACUUCUAUGGGAGCAAUGGUGGUCGAUAGACCAGCUAGUCCCGCUUGGUUCGUUCGAAGACAGGAGCAACACGGCAAACGGUGUCUACACGCAGACUGGUCCUCUACUCGAUGGCUUCGUAUAUCGCUGUGAUACCAGCUCGACAGACCAUUGGAAUGACACCAGCCAUGUGACUGACUACAUCGACCCGUGGAGUGGCCCCAGUCCUGUUAAGAAGUACACGGCCCUAUCUGCAGAUUCUGAGCACAUGGUUUCCGAGGAAUUACCUCCCGUCCAGGGCUACUGGGAUCCACCCUCGACACCAAAGCAACCGAGUCGAAAGCGGAAGCGCGACUCCGAUGACCUUCCGCCUCGCAAAGCAGCUAGACGAAGUUUGUUGGUUGAUGAAGACAUCAAUCCACAGAAAGAGAAGAAGGUAAAACAUUCAACUGUUCGCGGCGAGAGCAAUGCCAGCGCUCAUUCAGUCCAACAGCAUGAUGACCGCAUCAAAGUGAUUCAGGAACGGAACCGAAUCGCAUCCAACAAGUUCCGGGCUAAGAAGAGCGAAGACCUGCUGAGACUCAAGUCUAGUGAGCAGGACAUAGAGCACAUCCACCGCGACCUGUCCACCUGCGUGGCCAACCUGACCCUCGAGGUGUACGAGCUCAAGAUGCAACUUCUACAGCACUCGGGGUGCAACUUCGCCCUCAUCCAGAGCUACCUCGUCCAUGAGUCCCAGCGAUAUGUACAAGCGUUAAACGAGAAGUCGCAGCGAGAGGCCUCGUAUCUGCAGCCAUAGCAGCGUGAGCGACGCGAGCAAGAAUAAUGGCGGGAUCAAAACGGGGCUAGAAGAUAAAGAUGACAAGACACCACUGUGGAGAUCUUUCCCGGGGGGGUUCAAAGCAUUGUGUAAUAACAGGGGGGCAACAGGCUUGUCCUAUAUAAUGUUAAUUUCUU